AUGUCUUCAACGUCGAAAUUAAAGAGGAGAAUUAUUUCUAUUGAAGAAAAAGGAGCCAUAGUGGCAAGAUUGGAGAAUGGUGAAAGUAAUGCCAAAUCAGCUGAAGAAUUCGGCGUUGCACAUUCGAUCAUAUCAACAAUUUGGAAAAAUAAAGACAAGAUAAUUCUUGGAUUUAAUAAGAACACAUUAAAAUCGAAGAAACUUCGAAAUUCACAACAUGAUGACUUAGACAAAUCUUUAUUAGAAUGGUUUAAAAUCCAAACAAGUAAAAAUGUACCCAUCACUACACCGAUUCUAAGAGAAAAAGCUAAUCAAUUCGCUGUACUGCUGGGAAAACAUGAGUUUCAGUGCACCGAAAGUUGGAUAAACCGUUUUCGUUCACGUCAUAACAUCGUUUUUGGAAAAAUAUCAGGAGAAGCGGCAAGUGUACCUGCUAGUGUUACUGAAUCGUGGUUGCAAUCUGUUUUUCAAGAAAUAAGGAGAGGUCAUGCAGAUGACGAAAUCUUCAACGCCGAUGAGACUGGUUUGUUCUACAAAAUGACAUACGAUAAGUCAAUGAGAUUUAAAGGAGAAAAAUGCACGGUAGGUAAAAUGGCGAAAGACAGAAUUACUGUACUAGUAGCUGCAAAUAUGACAGGAAGCGAACAAAGGAAGUUACUUAUUAUAGGAAAAUCAAAAAAACCACGAUGUUUUAAAAAUGUGAAGAGUUUACCUGUUGUCUAUGAACAUAAUAAGAGGGCAUGGAUGACUUCCGAGUUAUUCACCAAGUUCAUCCGCGAUUGGGACCAAGAACUAAAAAAACGUUCUAAAAAAAUUUUAUUAUUGGUAGACAAUUGUCCGGCGCAUCCACACGUGGAAAAUUUAAAAGCAAUUAAAUUGUGUUUUCUACCACCAAACUGCACAUCUGUUUUACAACCAAUGGACCAGGGCGUUAUUAAUUCUCUUAAAACCCAUUACCGCAGAAUGCAGAUUUUAGAAACAAUUAGGCAUUUAGAACUGGAGAAAGAGAGUGCUGUAACGCUCUUGGACGCCAUUCUUAUGAUUUCUGAUGCAUGGGAAAAUGUAUCUCCUACAACAAUUGCCAAUUGUUUUCGGAAUGCUGGAUUUAGUAUACAAAAUGAAGAGACAAUACAAGUUGAAAGUGAUUUUGAUGAAGAAGACGACAUUCCUUUGGCUCGAUUGAUUAAUAAUGUAACUAGUACAACAGUGUCUAACGAAGACUUCCUAGAAUUAGUGAAUGUCGAUCAUAAUUUAGAAAUUUGUGGUGACAUAACUGAAGAAGACAUUGUAAAAAACUUGUCAGAAGACCUUAGAGAAGAUUUGGAAGAAAAUGACGAUGAAGACGUUGGUGAUCAAGUGCCAUCAUGUGCCGAAGCCCUUCAAGCGGUUUCUAUUAUAAAAAAAUUCGUUACUUUUGAAGGUUUAAAAGAUAGUAAACUAUUGAGCUGUAUUUCUACACUAGACACUAAACUGCCAGGUUCAUAUAUGUAUGUAUAUGUGACUAAUGAAGUAUGUACUCAUAACUACUACAUGAUCCUUGGAUGUAUUUUCCUUUCUGACUUGCGCCUAUGUCCUAAUGAUCUGGUGCAUUUACAAAGAUUAGAAGUAUUUGAACGACUUCAUCAGUACAAUAUAAAAAUUAAGAGAAAUAAACGUGAGUUUGUAAAAAAUGGAAUCCACAAAUGCAAUAAUAAAAUCGAUGCGACUGAUAAAAUGCCUAGGCCUUCGAAUAAAAAGAUGGUGGCAGUUGGUAGGGGGUGCCAGAGUGAGAAUUGGAGCAGGGCGAUCGAGCAGCGUGCGGGCAAAAAAAAACAUAGACUCCAAAUGGGUGAGAACUCUCAGAAUUGGGAACCUCCAGAAAUCAAAGUUCGUGCAAAGCACAAAAUGGUGCCGUUAAACUAG